CUGGACGUGUGGAGGAGGACCAACGGGCUCAACCCUCCUGUGAACCGGGUAUCCGAAACGACGAGGUGGCAGCAGCAGCGCUGAAUGAAGAUUAAACACGUCUUGUCCUUUGUGACAGUUCAACAUUUUAUUCAGAGUUUGGGUCGAUAAUGUUGGACGUUGAAACCCGAUGAAGUUCACCAGAGAUAUCUGUCGGCUGCUGGGUUUAGGAGCCGAUAGGUCAGGUGAAGAGGAGAUGGAGGUUCAGAACGGAGCCCUGGACUCGACGGAAAGGAGAAAAGACCCCGCCACAACACAGCAGGUGAUGCUGAACAGUGAUGAUGGUUUAGAUGAUGAAGAGAGAACGAGGAGGAGAGCAGAGAGGAGGAGAGCUAAAAGGAAAAGGCAGAAAGAACGCAAGAAACUGGAGAGAGAGGAGAGGAUGGAGGACGCUUCAGAGCAGGAGGAGGACGCAGCUGGAGCGGUUUCAGAGAGUGACAGCGAGGAGGAAUUAAAAGAUGAAGAGGAAAAAUGGACCACCGUUCAUCCAAAGAACAGAUUCAGCCCUGAAACAGCUGCUGGCCUCAUAACAACAGAGAACAAGAGCAACCACCAGCUGCCCCAAAAGACCUCGGAGGAGGAGCCAGAGUGGGAUGUCAGCAGUGCUUUUGUGGCCAAAGCUGCCAGCCACAUCAAAGUGAAAUCUCUGAAGAACCGAGUGGCUCAGUUCUCCAGAGAGAACGGGGAGAACGAAGUCUGGAGCAGCCAGGUGGAAACAACAGAAGAAAUGAAGAGGAAGGGGGAGUCCCUCACAGUUCAGGGCAUUCAGGUGUUUGAGCUGGGCCAGUACAGCCAGGCAGUGCACAUGUUUACAGAAGCCAUCUACUGUGACCCUAAAGACCACAGGAUUUAUGGAAAUCGGUCGUACUGUUAUUGGUGUUUGGAACAGUACUCCUCUGCACUGACAGAUGCCCAGAGGUCCAUUCAGCUGGCUCCUGAUUGGCCGAAGGGACAUUUCCGCAAGGGUUGUGCUCUGAUGGGGUUAAAGAGGUACAGUAAGGCAGAGGAGGCCAUGGCUCAGGUGCUGAAGUUGGAUCAACAUUGUAAAGAAGCAUCCAGUAAACUCUUGACCUGCAGGGUACUGCAGCUCAUGGAGCUGGGUUUUUCAGAACAACAGAGUGAACUGCUGCUGGAGAAGUUCACCACUGUUCAAGCUGUCAUCAACUCACCUCAGUCCAAAGCACAGAAGCAAACGUCUCAGCAGGACCAGAGUGGGAGCUGCCGAUCUCUGUGGGUGGGGAACAUCACUUUGGAAGUCACAGAAAAACACCUCUCGGAGCUCUUCAAAAUGUUUGGUGAGAUAGAGAGCAUCAGAGUCCUUCAUGAACGUUUUUGUGCCUUUGUCAACUUCAAGAAUGCCAACAUGGCCGCCAAAGCCAUGGAGCAGCUGCAGGGGGCAGAGCUCGGGAGCUGUAAGCUUGUGAUGAGAUACCCUGACCGUUGGAGCCAACGGACCCUGCCCUCAAUACAAAGGACCGACACUGGAGAUACACAGCAGAGCUCAGUGGUUGCAUGGUCUAAAGGAUGCGCACCAAUAGAUGGAGAUGAGUGCUUCUACUGGAGGACCACAGGCUGUUUUUAUGGCGACAAGUGCCGCUUCAAACACAUACCAGAGCAUCAAGGUCGAGACAAGAAACAGUGGCAACCCUAAAUGUGUCCCCCUGCACUCCUAAUUUUAGCACCAAGGGACAACAAAGACGGAUUUAUGAAGAAAAACAGAAACAGGAAAAAAGGGGAAGUGAGCUGAGUGAAGAUCUGUCUGAGAACACUGACAAAUGAAUGUUUGUGCGAGAAUAAAAGGAUACGGCCUCCGGAGUAAAGAAAAGGGCUCAAUGAAGAAAGUAAUGCGAUACCUUACAAGUUCCACUGUAACGGUGGCUUAAAUUCUACAAUUCUACAAUUCACUUAGCAGGCGCUUUUAUCCAAAGUGACGUACAUCAGAGAGUAAGUACAACACAAGCAAGGAUCUAGAAAAAAGGGAACAAUGUCAGUAAGAGCAAACGAUCAGCUUUGAGUCUAAUUGGACACAGAGGUGCUGACAGGAAGUGACCAGAGACAAAGCACAACAUUGACGGUAGUUCUUGUUGUGCUUUUCCUAAAUGGAAUUCAAUAUAUUGAAAGCGUCACAAAUGAACUCCUUGUUUCUGCAUGGAGCUGACUGGAGUCUGUCAUCAAAUGGAUUUACUUGGAACUGUGUGUUGAACUAAAACUGAAACACUUUACACAACCUGCAACAACAUGUUGUCUCAACACCUCUGGUGAAUGGCCUUAAAGUCCAGAAUUAUUUUCUUAUCAUAUGAAGAGAUGCAACAUUAAAGAGUGUAUUGUAUUUUUCACAAAACACUGAAUCAAUAAAACCUGUCUGAACCAAUA